UGAAUUUCCGUUGAGAUAAAUUUCAUUGGUGGGAUGGUAGACCAAAUAUAAAUGAUUAUGUAAGCUACGCUUCAAGGCAACGCGCCGAGCCAGGGCACGAGUCGACGCAUCAUUUUCGUGCUAGCUUACUAGGGAUCAAUCUAGUACAAAAUGGCCACUAAAGCACAUCCCCAGAUUGGAGCCAAAAUUUGGUCUUUAAUUUUCGAAUCACAAUCAUGCGUACCUCGAGGAUAUCAAAAGAUACUGCAAAGAUAAUUAAUGCGACAUCUACUUCACCACGACGUUCCACUCGCUCCCUGUCUCGGUUUGCUUUGAACUCUUCGGUCAAGGAUGAAGAUCAAUUGUCAACUCCAGAUAUUGAAGAUGUUGUUCCUUCGAACUCGACUCUAAAAAGAAAGAGAAAUUCGGCUCCUAGAGCUUCAGUAAAGAAACAAUCUCUUGGCGAUACAACUAUAAAGACCGAAAUCGAAGAUACCGUCACUUUCUCUGCGCCGUCGAAACCAACUCGAGUGCGGAAACCUGCGCGCAAAGUGAAGAAUGAGGAUACCGGAGAGAUGGAGGUCAAGCCUCCGAACGAUUGGAGAGAGGUCUACGAUGUAGUCAUGCAAAUGCGCAAAUUAGGCGUAGCGCAAAAUGCAGCUGUGGAUACAAUGGGUUGUGACAAAUUGGGACAAGAUACUGUUGAUCCGAAAACGAAGAGGUAUCAUACCUUGACUGCUUUGAUGUUGUCUUCGCAGACGAAGGAUACCACAAAUGCUGUUGCUAUGAACCGACUUUAUACAGAAUUGCCUGCCUACAAGGAGGGUGCACCAAUUGGGCUAACUUUGGAUAAUAUUUUAGCUGUGGAUCCGAAGCUCUUGAAUGAGUUGAUUUGGGUAGUGGGAUUUCACAACAACAAGACGAAAUACAUAAAGGCAGCAGCGGAAAUUCUUAGGGAUCAGUGGAAUGGUGAUAUACCGGAUACGAUUGAGGGUUUGAUGUCAUUACCGGGAGUUGGUCCGAAGAUGGCAUAUUUGUGUAUGAGUAGUGCUUGGGGAAGAACUGAGGGAAUUGGUGUGGAUGUACAUGUUCAUCGUAUUACAAAUAUGUGGGGAUGGCACACGACGAAAGGACCGGAAGAGACGAGACUUGCAUUACAGGCUUGGUUGCCGAAAGAACUAUGGCAUGAGAUUAAUUGGUUGCUCGUUGGAUUUGGACAAACUGUCUGUCUACCGGUAGGGAAAAAGUGCGGAAGUUGUGAGUUGGGAAUGAAUGGAUUGUGCAAAGCUGCCGACAGAAGUAAAGUUACAAUUGGAAGAAAGAUUAAAGAAGAGAAGAUCAAGACAGAUCCCGAGGGUAAUAUCGUCGAGCACACAGAGUCAGUUAAAACCGAGGAGGAUAGUAAGGACAUACCGCUGAACGCGGAAGAGAAAGCUCGGAUUCAGUCUGAGGCUGGUAUCAUCAAGCAAGAGAAAGAUGACCCCAUUCUAGGAGAUAUCGCAAAUGCACCUGGAAAAAUAGAGAAAACGCCGAAACGGAAGAACAGAUAAUGGUUGUCUUCGUAUAAUUCCGGCAAUGUAUCAUAGCGUGUGCUAUUUGUAUAGUAUUUUACGUAUUUUCGCAUGACAGAGGGGCUGUUAUAUCCAUAUCCGUGCUUAGUGGCUACGUUCUAAAACGCAAAAGUGCAGUUCUUAGUUUACAUGCA